CCCCUCUCCACUCAACUCUCUCUCUCUCUCCUCAUCGCCGCCGCCGCCGCCUCCAUUGAUUGCUGGGGGAUCUGCGCACCUGCUUCCUGCCGAGUUAUUGUGCUCGGUGUUGCGUGUUGUGACUGUGAGCGCCAUGGCCGUGGAGGCUGUGUCAGGGAACCGCGGAGAGGCGGUGGCGCCGGCGAAGGAGGUGAGCGCCAAGGAGGCGGUUGCGGUGUCCAAGAACGCGUCGUUCAGGGAGGAGAGCAACUUCCUCGAUGACCUCAAGGAGAGCGAGCGGAAGGCGCUCGCCGAGCUCCGCGACAAGGUCGAGGCCGCCAUCGUUGAGGGCAAGCUGUUCGACGACGGCAAGCCGGAGGUGAAGGAGAAGGAGGACGCCAAGAAGAAGGCUGAGAAGGCGCCUGAGGAGAAGAAAGAGGAGGAGGAAGUGAAGAAUGAGCCCGAAGCCGAGGAGAAGGAGGAGGAGGAGGGCGGCAAGAAGGAGGCUGAAGCCGAGGGCAAGCAAGAGGAGGAGGAAAGCAAGGAAGAGGCUGAGAAGGAGGCGGAAGAGGAGGAAGGCAAGAAGGAGGAGGCCGAGAAGAAGGAAGCCGGCGAGGGCGAGAAGGUUGCGGCUGCGGCGGCGGAGGAGGAGAAACCGGCGGCGGCCGUCGUCGUCGACAAGGACAUCGCCCUGUGGGGCGUGCCGCUGCUCCCGAGCAAGGGCGACGAGGCCACCGACGUCGUGCUCCUCAAGUUCCUCCGCGCGCGCGACUUCAAGGCCGGCGCCGCGUUCGAGAUGCUCCGCCGCACCCUCCGCUGGCGCAGGGACUGGCCCGGCUUCAGCGCCGGCGCCGACGCCGACCUCCCGGAGGAGCUCGCGGGCGCGUGCUACCUCGACGGCGCCGACCGCGAGGGCCACCCGGUGUGCUACAACGCGAUGGGCGUGUUCACCGACGACGCCGUGUACAAGAAGGCGCUCGGCUCCGAGGAAGGCAAGGCGCGGUUCCUCCGCUGGCGGGUGCGCGCCAUGGAGAGCCACGUCGCCGAGCUGGACUUCAAGCCCGGCGGGGCCGCGUCGCUGCUGCAGGUGACGGACCUCAAGAACUCGCCGGGACCGGCCAAGAAGGACUUCCGCGUCGCCGUCAAGCAGGUGCUCGACCUGUUCCAGGACAACUACCCCGAGCUCGUCGCAAGAAACAUCUUGAUCAACGUGCCGUUCUGGUACUACGCGUUCAGCACCCUGUUCUACCCGUUCCUGACGCAGCGGACCAAGAGCAAGUUCGUCAUUGCUCGCCCGUCCAAGGUCACUGAGACCCUCCUCAAGUACAUUCCGAUUGAGGCCAUCCCGGUGAAGUACGGCGGCCUGAAGCGCGACAGCGACACCGAGUUCUCCGCCGAUGACAGCGAGGUCACUGAGCUAACAGUAAAGGGAAGCUCCACCGAGACCAUCGAGAUCGAAGCCACUGAGGCUGAUGCCACCCUGACAUGGGACCUGACGGUGCUGGGCUGGGAGGUGAACUACAAGGAGGAAUUCGUGCCUGCCGACGAGGGCUCCUACACCAUCAUCGUCAGGAAGGGCAAGAAGAUGGGGGCCGGCGAGGAGGCGGUCCGCAACUCCUUCCGCGCCGGCGAGCCUGGCAAGGUGGUGCUCACCGUCGAGAACACCUCGCACAAGAAGAAGAAGGUGCUGUUCAGGUACAAGGCCAAGAGUCCCUGCGCCAAGAAGUGCUGAGCUCGAUCGCAACCGAAUUCUUUGGAGGCUGAGAGAUGUGCUGAGAAUUGAUCGUGUGGAAUUCUUUGUGUGUGUAAGAGAGAGGAGUACAUUGUUUGUGUUCAUGUGCUGAUUAUUUGAGGGGUGGUUGUUGCGGCAUGGCAUUCAUUACCUGAGAAUAGAAAGAAGAGUUGGUAUCACAAAAAUUC